ACGCAGAGCAGGAAGCGGAACCACAGCUUCUGCAAGAUGUCGGAGUACGCAGCGACCCAGAAGAGUGCCCUGAAGUUUAAAGGGAAAGCAAACAUUUCAGCCGGGAAAAAGAAGAAGAAGAAGGAUAAAGAGAGUAAACUUCGCCUCGAGCAGGCUGUGAACAAUUACGAGGAGGAGGGGAAAACCAACAAAGCUCCUGUUGACAAACGGACACCGGCACAAAUGGCAUUUGACAAGAUGCAGGAGAAGAGGAAAAUGGAAAGGAUUUUGAACAAGGCUUCUAAGACUCAUAAACACAGAGUGGAGGAUUUCAAUCGCAAUCUGGACGCCUUGACCGAGCAUUACGAUAUUCCCAAAGUCAGCUGGACCAAGUAGAAGAGGAGGAAAUGUCCUCUCCAUUUUGUUUUUUAACUUGUAGAAAAAUGUCACACAACCCUCUUUUGGAAAUGUAUGUUUGUUAUUUACUUAUGUUAUCUAUAUACAAUAAAACUUGAUUUUUAUGGUA